AUGAGCUCUGUAACGAGCAACACACCAACAGAAGCAGCGGCAGCAACUCCAGCUGGCGAUUCGAUUGAAACUAUAUUUUUUAAAGUAACAAGUCCAAUUCAUAAAAGCGCAGAUCCAAAUCUAUUUAAUACAUUUUGUCAAAAAGUUAAUUCUGAACCCGAAGGUCAUCAUCUAGCAAUUCGUUUAAUUGCUCAUAAAAUUCAAUCACCACAAGAAUAUGAAGCUUUAAGAACAUUAGAUUUACUUGAAUCCUGUGUUCAUAUUUGCGGUAGAAGAUUUCAUCAAGAAAUAGGAAAAUUUCGUUUUCUCAAUGAAAUGAUUAAACUUGUUUCACCUAAAUAUUUGGCAAACCAUACAUCCGAAAAAGUAAAGAAAAAAGUUGUUGAACUUAUGUAUUCUUGGACACAAACUCUACCAGGUGAAGUUAAAAUUAAUGAAGCAUACCAAAUGUUAAAACGUCAAUCAAUUAUAACUGAAGAUCCUGUUUAUAUUAAUAAAUCAUCUGUGACACCUGCAGCACCAAGAGUAAAAUCAAUAUUUGAUACAGAUGAAGAAAAAAGCAAAACACUUCAGCGUUUAUUAAAAAGUCGAAAACCUGAAGAUCUUGAACAAGCCAAUGCGUUAAUUAAAAGCUUCGUUAAAAAGGAUGAAGAAAAAAUUGAAAAAUUAUCAAAUCGAGCAGUUGAAUUAGAAAAAGUUCAAAAUAACGUUCGAGUUUUAUCGGAAAUGCUUAUUCAUUAUAAUCAUUCAACAGUGACUGAAGCUGAACGGGAAACAAUGACUUAUUUACAUGAUGAAUUAGAAAAAUUACGGCCUGUUUUAUUUCGAUUAGCAACUGAAAGUGAAGAUGGCGAUGAAGGACUUGGUGAAAUUUUACUUGCAAGUGAUACAUUAUCACGAGUAUUGGCGCAAUAUGAUCGUUUAGUUCGACAAAAUAUCUAUGCUAAAGAUGAUAAUGUACUACCUUUAUACGAUGAUAUUCAACCGGCUGCAGCAAGUUCUGCUCCACGAACUCUAAUUGAUUUGGCUGAAAACUUAAAUAAUUCAACAAAUAAACCUAAUGAAACAAAUUCUGCUGCAAAUGAAUUAGAUGAUUUAUUUGGUUCAAUAAAUAUUGCGCCAACAUCAAAUCAGAAUGACCUUGAUGAUUGUCUACCACUUUUUCCCUCGAGCACUACAAAAGCAACUAAUUCAACACCGGUAAUGACAAAAAAAGGAGGUUUAUUUGAUGAUUUACAAGAUCUUCUUGUUGAUCAAUCAACUGGACAGAAAAUUUCAUCGACGAAAAGUACAUUUCAAUUUACAAGCUCAAAUACAAAUAAAAUUCCAUUGAAUGAAAUCAAAAAUUCUUCUGUAACAAAAUCAAUAGAUACUGAUUUACCAUUUCCAAUAAUAACACUUGAAUCUAUUCAUCCUUCAUCUGUGAAUCCACCAAUAACCCUUAAAUUAGCACGUCAAACCGGUCUUCAAUGUGUUCUUCAUAUUGCACGCGAUUCUCCUCGUUCGGAUCUGAUUGUUAGCGUUUUAACUGUCACUAGUACAAAUACUUCAAAUACUAUUAGUAAUUUUCAAUUUCAAGCUACAGUACCCAAAACUAUGCGAAUCAAGCUACAAAAUUCAUCAGGCACUGAUUUACCUACAUACAAUCCGAUAUUACCUCCACAAGCUAUUACCCAAAUUUUAGUUGUAUCCAAUCCAAAUAAGGAAGCAGUUCGACUUAGUUAUAAACUAAGUUAUUAUUUAUCAGGCGAACAAAUAAAUGAAUCGGGUGAAAUAGACAAUGGAUUUCCUAGUUCAAUUGAUCUGAUUUAA